UCAAUUCAUCUACAAAUAGCCAUUUUACCAUUUCUUGAACAACAGGUAGUGAGUUUACUUCUUAGAAAGGGACACACUUCUUUCUAACACCUCAUCUCCCUUAAUUCCCUUAUGUAUUAUUAGACUUUCUCUUCUCUUCUCCAUUAAUCAUUCAUUCAUCGAUCGAUCAUAUUCAUGGGUAAUUGCCAAGCUGUGGAUGCAGCUGCACUUGUGAUUCAACAUCCAAGUGGGAAAAUAGAGAGGAUGUACUGGCCUAUCACAGCCAGUGAGGUCAUGAAGAUGAACCCAGGUCAUUAUGUCUCUCUUAUCAUCCCUUUGCCACUUUCAGAUGAACAAAACACAGAUCAAGAACAGAACACAAUUGUCAAGUUCACCAGAGUCAAGCUUCUCCGACCAUGUGACACCCUUAUUCUUGGCCAUGCCUAUCGCCUAAUCACCUCUCAAGAGGUUAUGAAGGUCCUUAGAGCAAAAAAGCAAGAAAAAAUGAAGAACCAGCAAGAAUCUGCAGAUACUGGAAAUCAGGCGAUGAGGAGGCAGUAUCAGCAGCAAAGACAUAGUAAUAGACAGAGAUCAGGAGGACAAUCAACUAUGGUUGCGGGAAGAUCAAAAUCAUGGCGACCUUCAUUACGGAGCAUCACUGAGUCCCCAAGCUGAUUGAUUGAUUCAUUCAUUGUGGUGGAUCUUUUAGCAAUGGCUCAAAAGUUGUUGUUCUAAGGAUGAUUUUUCUUUUAUCAAAUUAAUUCAACAAACAAUUCUGCAUUAGUGUAAAAGUUGCUUCUAGUAUUUGAGCCAAUUUCAGUAACAUAACCUCUGUAUAGCAGGAAAAAACUAUGGUUCUGAAGCAGAUUGUUCAUGAAUGUUUGAUUUC